GAUUACAUCAAAUAGUUACCUUGUACAUUUUAGUCAUUACGUAAUAGGAUAAAUUGGUUUAACAUCUGUUGUCUGUACCGUGUUUGUCAACGUUCACUUUUUAGACUUAAAUUUUAUCGAUUGUACCAACUUACUCCCCACUCUGGAACUUAGCGACCUACCGUCUCUCGCGUUUGCGCUGCCACUGCCACUGCCGCUGCCGGUGUACCGGUGCAAGCAAUUCUUGUAUCCAACUAAUGAAGCAAUCGAAUAAUUCCUUCCUAUUUUACCUUAGGUAUUCCUACCUAGCGACUUCUCAAAUAUUUCACCACUCCUGCUGUUAGAAGGAUCUUUUUACAUGAUAAUUCUCAGGACUGGUCAGGAAGAGCGUGUCCCCGCUUAGAGGGCCAGGUUAACAACGAUGCCUAGAGACGAUCUCUCCAUAGACUUCGUAAAGAAGAUGGCGCCCUCGACCGAGGCGCAAGACCCUGCCGCCAUCCUUGAAGACUUCAUCUAUCGAACUGCCAAUCUACCCGAAGAGAUUCGCUUCAUCCAGGACGAGAUAGCCGACAAAGACCGCACAUAUCAAGAGUGUGUUAAGACCAUCGAAGAAAGCGACGCUAAGAUCCAGCGCUGGAUUCGUAUGAACGGUAGCCACACGCCUUUCCCCCGCGAGCAGAUGUUGCGCGAGACCAUUCGCGAGAACUAUACCCGAGCCGAUAAACUUGCCGAAGAGAAGAUUCACCUGGCUCAAAAGGCGCAGACGCUCUUUGACAAGCAUAUUCGUCAUCUCGACCUACAGAUCAAACAGCUCAGCGACCGAAACGAACCUGGUUUUACCGACCCCGAUGAGAUACCCUCCGUUGUACGACCGAGCGCUGCCAACAAUAGCAAUACCAGCCUUCGGGUGCUGGGGGUCUCGGCGGCUAGUAACACGCCUCUUAACCCUAUCACUAACAAUGCGACCCCGAACGGAUCGAGAGCCGCCAACCCCCAGAUUCGGACCACCCAGUCGCAAGCCCACAUCUCCAGCUCGGCGCCCACUUCUCCCGCCGCAAGCAUAAUCAUGAACAGCCGCAAUCAGCGCGAGUCCUCUGCCGGACCUGGAGGCGGUGCUCCCAAGAGAGGUCCACGAAUAAAUUCCGGUUUAGGCAGCCUGCCAACAGCAUCGAGUGGAUUAGCUCGUCAUUCUUCUCUCGGACCAGGGACGCCUAAGGCAGGGACACCGGGGGCCUCGAGGGCAGGUAGUGCUGGUCCCCGAGCCAGUUCAAAGGCCGGGAGCGUAGGUAUUGGACGGAAAGGCACACCAUCUGCGGGAGUUAGUCGAAAGAAGCCUCCGAAUUCGAAGUCGACGUUAUCGCGUGUUAAACGAGCGGGUAUGUCCAAGGGGUCACCAGUGUCAACAGCAGACAGCGAGCUAUCAGACGCAGAGUCGGUGCGGUCAUCGCGUGCAGGGUCUCGAGCCGGCAGCGGUACACCGGUGCCUCGUCCGCAUCACCAUCAUCACCGUAAACACUCACGCCUCGACAGAGACGAGGAUAUGCCAGAUAGGGCAUCGGUAUCGGCAGGGUCGGGAGGAUCAGAUGACGAGGAGGACGAGGAAGGGAAGAAGUACUGUUUGUGCCAGCAUGUAUCGUACGGCGAUAUGGUUGCCUGUGACAAUCCGGCAUGUCCCUACGAGUGGUUCCACUGGACCUGCGUCGGCCUCAAGUCCGAACCAGAAGGCCGUUGGUACUGUCCGUCGUGCACCGAGAACAUGAAAAAGAAGGGGAAAUAGAAUGUGAUCCGGUCUAUGCGCGUAGACCAUGUAUAUAUAUUACUCCCAAUGUAUAUACGUAGGUACUAUUAAGCCCAACGUAACGCAAAUCAAGCCUAGCAAAGAUUGGAUGGAUGGAAUACGACAGGUUUCGUCUAACGCAAUAGACUCGUUUACAUCCCCCCUCCCAACUUGUCAAAUAACUAGGGACCUAAACUUGGCACAUCCCGUACUCAAAACAUCAACAACUUCUACAACUAUUAAAUUUAAAACAUCUUCAUUAUAA